GCCGCGUGAGUGUGGAGCUUAGCAGUCAGUGUCAGUACAGUUAGCCGCCGGAGCGUUAGCUUAGCUUAGCUUAGCUUUGUUACUGAUUCUUCCUUAUUUUACAUAAACAUUUUACUGUUCCGAAAGUAAACGAUGACGGGUUCAAACGAGUUCAAACUGAACCAGGGACCUGACGACAGCAUCUCAGCUGUGAAGUUCAGCCCCAACACCACUCAGUUCCUCUUGGUCUCCUCCUGGGACUCCUCUGUCCGUCUUUACGAUGUUGGUGGAAAUUCCUUGAGGAUGAAGUACCAGCAUACGGGUCCGGUCCUCGACUGCGCGUACUAUGAUCCGACUCACGCGUGGAGCGGUGGACUCGACUGCCAGCUCAAAAUGCACGAUUUGAACACAGACCAAGACACGAUCGUCGGAACGCACGACGCUCCUAUUCGCUGCGUAGAGUAUUGUCCAGAGGUGAACGUCAUGGUAACGGGCAGUUGGGACAUGAGCGUGAGGCUGUGGGAUCCUCGCACCCCCUGCAACGCCGGGACUUUCACCCAGCCUGAGAAGGUGUACACGCUAUCUGUGGCUGGGGAUCGUCUGAUCGUGGGUACAGCGGGACGCAGAGUGCUGGUGUGGGACCUGAGGAACAUGGGAUACGUCCAGCAGAGACGAGAAUCCAGCCUGAAGUAUCAGACACGCUGCAUACGAGCGUUUCCAAACAAACAGGGCUACGUGCUGAGCUCCAUCGAGGGCCGUGUUGCUGUGGAGUACCUGGACCCAAGUCUGGAGGUGCAGAAGAAGAAAUAUGCCUUCAAAUGCCACCGUCUGAAGGAGAAUGGUAUCGAGCAGGUGUAUCCUGUCAACGCCAUCUCCUUCCACAGCAUCCACAAUACCUUCGCUACAGGUGGCUCAGAUGGCUUCGUGAACAUCUGGGACCCAUUCAACAAGAAGCGCCUGUGUCAGUUCCACCGUUACCCCACCAGCAUCGCCUCUCUGGCCUUCAGCUGUGACGGCUCUCUGCUGGCCAUCGCCUCCUCCUACAUGCAGGAGAUGGGUGACAUCUCACACCCGGCCGACGCCGUCUUCAUCCGCCAGGUCACUGACGCAGAGACUAAGCCAAAGUCGACCUGAGGCUGUGUUCACACUCGUGUUCAGGACUGAACAGUUUUCCCUGAAACUCCUGCUGGUAUCCAGUUUGUUCAUAUGUGUGUUGUUCUGUUUUUUAUCUCCUUUUGCUUUUCUACACUUUUCCUUCUCCUCGUCUUCGUUCGUAAUAAAACAGGCAAUUUUUCGUCUCUUUCGUUCUACAUUUCUCUCUAAACGCUGAAAGAUUUUUUGUUUAUUUUUGUUUAUUUCUGUUUAAUAAAAUAAAUUUGUCUCUGAUA